CUUCCAGCCAACCACAAGGCUGCUUUCAUUAAUCCUCUCUUCUCAGGACUUCCAGCAGCAACAACAGCAGCAGCAGCAGCAGCUUCACCAUCAGCCCUCUCAUAGUCAGUGACCUGCCGGGUGCUGCUUCCUGUGUGAGCGCUGCUCUGUGUACAUACCACUGGCAUAGACUUACUGGGGGGUCAGCGGCUCUGCCCACCAGGGCAUUGCCUGCCCAUGGCUUUCUGGAAGAGACCAGGCUAUCUGCAGCAUUCCCCUAAGGAGAGGUUUUCGCUGUUGCUUUUGGACCUGGAGGAAUAUUUCUUUGAACAUCACAUAGCCCAUCGUAUAGUGAAGGCAAGAGAUGUGUCUGAGAGAAAAAUAAGUGGUUCCCUUAAAAUAUGUUCAAAAUCUCUUAUUUUUGAACCUGAUUCAAUUGAAGUACCUGUCUUUAAGAUUGCAUUGCGGGAUUGCACAAAAAUUGAGGUGGCGCAUGACAAUGAUCUUUUCAGCAGGAACGCAUGCAGACUAUUUUAUGUCGCAUUUAAUCAGGUGUACCUUAUUAAGGAGCAAAACAUAGUCACACCUUACAGAAUCCAACGUGGUGCAGACCAUAUUCUCUUUCAGCUGGAGGAAUCGAAGGUUGAUGAUGUUGUACAAACUGUACUUCAGCUUCAAAGAGCUUCUCGUCUGGAAAAACUUGGGGAUCAGACCGCAAUGAUAAUUGCUAUUCUACAAUCACGUUUGGCAAGGACAUCAUUCGAUAAAAACAGUUUUCAAAGCGUGUCUGAGACCUCAAACAUGGAAUGUGAAGCAGAAAUGGUAACACCGCUGGUCUCCAAUCCUGGUCAUGUGUGCAUCACCGAUAAAUACCUCUACUUCCAGCCAUUAAAUGGAUAUCCAAAACCUGUAGUUUAUAUUUGCUUGGUUGAUAUUCGGCGAAUAUAUAAAAGGAGACACAUGCUGAUGCCUGUGGGAUUGGAGGUGUUUUGUACUGAGAAUGACUUGUGCUCCGAUAUAUACCUUAAAUUUUACAACUCCAAGGAUCGUGAUGGACUAUAUUACUACAUUGCUGCUUAUCUAGAGAACCACGUGACUGAGCACACGGCAGACAGCUACAUGCUGCAGUGGCAGAUGGGCCACAUCUCCAAUUACCAGUAUCUGUUACAUCUCAACAACCUGGCAGAUAGGAGCUGCAAUGAUCUUUCCCAGUAUCCUGUAUUUCCGUGGAUCAUUGCAGAUUACACUAGUUCUGACCUAGAUUUAACCAUUCCUGAGACUUUUCGGAACCUGAGUAAGCCAGUUGGUGCACUAAAUAAGGAUCGGCUUCAGCAAUUAUUGAAGCGUUAUCGUGACAUGCCUGACCCAAAAUUUAUAUACGGAGGACACUAUUCCUCACCUGGCUAUGUUCUCUUCUACUUGGCCAGAGUCGCACCUGAGCACAUGCUCUGCAUCCAAAAUGGGAAGUUUGACCAUGCAGAUAGGAUGUUCAACAGCAUUGCAGAAACAUGGAGAAACUGCUUAGAAGGAGUGACUGACUUCAAAGAGUUGAUUCCGGAGUUCUAUGGAGAAGACAGCAGUUUCUUGCUGAACAAUUUGAACCUGGAGCUGGGGAAAAGACAAGGAGGGAAAUUAGUUGAUGAUGUGGAGAUUCCGCCAUGGGCAUCAGAUCCAGAGGAUUUCCUGCAGAAGAACAGGGAGGCAUUAGAGAGUCAGUAUGUGUCCGACCAUCUUCCGGAUUGGAUUGAUUUGAUAUUUGGUUGUAAGCAGAGAGGGAGUGAAGCUGUUGCUGCCAAUAAUGUGUUUCAUCCAGUCACAUAUGAAGGAGAAAUUGACUUGAAAAGUAUUGAGGAUCCCGAUCAGAAAAUUGCUAUGUUGACUCAGAUUUUGGAAUUCGGUCAAACACCAAAGCAACUGUUUAUGAAACCUCAUCCCAAGAGAAUUUUUACAAAGCCUAAAUGUUUUUCACGGUCUUCCAGUCAGAAUAUGUCCUCAGUAGAGUCUCCAGUAUCCCCCAGCGAGGAUUCGUUUGAAGACCUAACAGAAGAAAGUAAGACCCUUGCCUGGAGCAACAUAACCAAAUUCCAGGUAGAGAGCGGGUACAAGAUCCACAAAGAGGCAAUUACUGGCAUUGCUGCAUCUUCUAAUGGAUCUUCAGUCUUCACAACAUCACAGGAUUCAACCUUGAAGAUGUUCUCUACAAGUCAGAAAGCUCUGCAAAGAAGUGUUUCUUUUUCAAAUAUGGCAUUGUCAUCUUGUGUUCUUUUGCCAGGCGAUACAACAGUGAUGUGCUCCUCCUGGGACAAUAAUGUAUACUUUUAUUCUAUUGCUUUUGGAAGAAGACAAGAUACUCUGAUGGGACAUGAUGAUGCCGUUAGCAAGAUCCACUGGUGUAACAACAGGCUGUGCACAGCCUCCUGGGAUUCUACAGUAAAGGUGUGGAGCUGUGUGCCUGCCGAUGUGUGCGGAACGAAGAGAAACAGCUUUGAAUUGUUGGCAGAAUUGGAACAUGAUGCCGGUGUUAACACAAUAAAUGUGAGCUCUGACGGAUCAUUGCUAGUAUCCGGAACUAAAGAAGGCACAGUGAGCAUUUGGGACAUUGCACGAUCCUCUAUGUUACAUCAGCUUCCUUGCCACAAUGGACCAGUUCAUGAUGUUGCAUUGAGUCCUGAUACCAGACAUGUCCUGUCUGCUGGAGAAGAUGGCUGCCUAAAAAUAAUUGAUGUGCAGACAGGAAUGCUGAUCUCUUCUCUGCCUUCGGGAGAGGUGCAGAGGUGCUUCUGUUGGAAUGGGCACACUGUUCUGUCUGGAAAUGACACUGGAGAAUUGCUAGUUUGGGAUCUUAUUGGUGGAAGGAUUCUUGAAAGAAUAGCAGGACAUGCAGAUGCUGUGACAUGUAUGUGGAUGAACGAGCCAUGCAACACUCUUAUCACUGGAUCAGUGGACAGACAACUUUUAUUCUGGAAAUUGCAAUACUGAGACUUUUUUUUUUUUUACAUUAGAAUUUUAAAGCAAUAUUUUAUUUUAUGUAAUUAAUAAUGUCCACUCUUAGGAUUGUGCCUUAACAACUUCCCAUCAUUCUGCAUGUUUGUUUCAUAGUUUGCACUAUAAAAAUGCCUUUGCACUACUGUUUCAUAUGACUUUCACCUACAAUGUGAGACCAGAAAUCCGACCCAUGCUUUAGAAUUUGGGCAGUGUGCAGAAAUUGUCCCUAUUUAACAACCAACAUUUUAAGUACAGUCUCAUAUUUUGUGGGAUUUUUUUUUCUACUUCAGAAUAAAUUAGUCUCCACAGUCCAUUAAAUUAUACAUAAGAAAUAUGCCAGGAAUUCAACUGCCUCUUGUAUAGAAGUGUAAUAUUCGAUUUUAUUGAGGUGAUAACUCGUAUCCAGCUCCAUAUAAUGUACAGGCUGAAAUAGGAAUUUAUUUUAUGUGAUAUCACAGCACGGAAAGAAGACAGGUGUAACACACUGAUUUUAGUGAUUGCUAUACGUUUGUUGAAUAGAAACUAUAGAUUUUGUAGCUUUGUCGUAUGUUAGUGACUUCUAAAAUGUUCCCAGAAGGAGGACUAAACUCAAAUGUGCAAACACAUCAAUGCACUGGGAGCCUAUUUGUGGGCAAGGGUUCAGGAAUUGUAUUACUACUAUUAUAUAGUAGUAACAUUACUAUUUUGUUUUAGUUGUAGUGGAAUUUAGAUGGUGCACCCUUUUGCCAUUUAAUAUUAUAACUUUAGUGUUCUAUACAAAAAAAAUUUACAAAAUAUAUUUGCCCAUUAGAUUUAAAUGGGACUUUUGUUUUGUCCAUUAAUGCAUCCAUCACAUGUUUAUGUGAAAAUACAGAAUAGUAAAAAAUGUCAGGGUCUUGUUUUAAUUGGGAUGGAGACGGUAUCCCGGCUGAUGGGAUGCCGGCUGUCAGGAUUCCGAAAGCCAUAAUACCGGCAGGGAGUUGCCCCUACGGCUCGCUACGCUUUGGUUCUAUUUUCCCUUGGGUGGUGGCGUGGACCCACCACCCAAGUGGGUAUACCAGGAGUGAUCGGUAUUCCAACCGCCGGCAUUUUACCGGCUGUCAGGAUUCCAGUGUUGGGAUCCUGAAUGCCGGGAUUCCGACAGCCGAUAUAUUAACUACAUUCCGUUUUAAUUAACUAAGACCUUGGUGAUGUGGUAUUGCUGUGGCAUGCUUUGCCAGAAGGGCAGGCCCUUCUACAUUAUCUUUGCUUUAAUUCAUAUCUGUGAUGUCUUGUUAUUGAAAGAUGUAUUAGUUAUAUGGCAAGUGGUUCUUUAAGCUCCUUUUUGAUCCUGAUUUGCAGGGCUCAAUCAUGAACUGUACACCUAAAUGUAACUUGGCCAUAACUUGUAUAGGAUUCUUUAUAUACUGUACUGGCAACAAGCUGGGGCAUUUGGUGUGCAGUCCUGCAUCUAUAGUUGCAAAGUAAGUGCUACAAUAUAAUCAUUAUUGGACACUUUAAUAAAUUGAAGUGGCUGUUGUCUGGCAUUCUUGUUCAUCUUCUAACCAUGCAUAGGCCCAUAUGAUGCCACAAGAGAGCAGGCAUUCUUACUCUGAAUGCCAAGCAGAUUUAUAAUAAAAAAUGACAUCUGACACAUGGCGGACUGUAUUGGGUAGACAUGGCAUUAAUUUACUCCUGCAGUCGUGUGAUUUGAACAUAGUACCCAACAGAAACACUAGUAACUUUUGAGACCAGUUUUCCUUACUCAGUAAUUCAGGGGCUGUGUAUUGGUUAGACUAUAUACUGUUUUCGCCAGGUCCACUUUGUGCUCCCACAAAUCCUAUAAUGUUUUGGCCAAACAAGCAGCCUUCUUCCGUAUUACAUCAUCACUGAUGCAUGUAUUUAUCUUCCUGUAAGACUGUAUUCCAGCUCUUAUAGAGCAACACGUGUAUGCUAUAUCAAUAAAAACAUCAAAAAGUU